CAGUGAGCACCAUGGCAACCAUGGCGCAGAUACUCCAAAGCUUUUUACGCAAAUCCAUUGAUGCGGGAGAUGCUCCUCAGCUCAGUCCCCAGCCAAGAGGAGCGAAGGGUUUCUGAGAGCUGAAGACAAGGUGAAGUAUUCCAGUUAAUGCAUCCUCCCCCCUCAGUGACACAAAGGGGACCAGUGGUAUAAAAGAAGUGUAUGUUCCCUCAACAUUCACACUUGACUCCCAGUCCUCAUCUUUCAACUUUCAGUCUCAGCUGCGUCCCUAAGAUCAGGAGCUAAGAUGACUUUCUACGAUGACAUUUACCCAUUCUACCCUCUACAAAGGACCUCCUUCAUCUUCAGUGGCAGCUUGCUCACCAUUAUUCUGGUCUUCCUUGUGCUAGCAGUCAGUCUUCUUGUCAUUCUGCCAGGGAUACGAGGGAAGUCGAGGCUGUUCUGGAUGUUUAGGAUAGUUAUCAGCUUGUUCAUAGGUGCGGUUAUAGUGGCGCUCAACUUCACUAACGACUGGGCUGAGGCCAGAAUGAUCACUAAUGCCACCUACAAGUCUUUCAGUAACGCAGUGGUUAACGCAGAGGUCGGCCUGCAUGUUGGACUGUACGGCAUUAAUGUUACACUGAAGGGCAAUCCUGUUGUACAGUUCAAUGAGACCAUUGACUACAAUGAGAUGUUCAGCUGGCAUGACACUAUUGAAGAGGAGUAUGAGGAAGCUCUGGAGAAAGGUUUACCCAAUCCCAUCCUGUAUAUUGCUGAGAAAUUCACUCUGAGCAGCCCAUGUGGACUCAUCUUUAGGUACAGCUUCUCUGGAAGAUACGCCUCUGCAACUCUUUGGACUGCAUUUUGCUGCUGGGUGCUUGCCAACAUCCUGUUCUCCAUGCCGGUCAUUCUGUACGCUGGGUACAUGACGGUGGCCACUGCUGCCUUCAUCUUUUUCUCCAUGGCCUCCUUCUCCACCAUCAUGAAUGUGCCGCAGUGUGUUUUCUCCAUAGGGACUGACUCCUUUGAAACAGAAUACAGCCAUUCAUUCUGGCUGGCUCUGGCUACAGGUGUUCUGUGCACCAUCAUUGGGGUUCUGGUGGUGCUGUUUAACUUUCUGAUACCAGAGAAGAUGAAAGAAGCUUUCAGCAGUGGUGUCGACAGUUAUGAAGAUGAGGACGUUUCUUAUGGAGAGGGCUACCUGAAUUCAGUUUUCCUUGAUGGAGUGACGAUUUCACCACUGACAUCGAAAGUCACCACAGAACAUAUAUGAAUCUAUCCAGGUUUCCCUCGGGAGCUUUUCCAGCCAAUACUUGAAGAUAUUUUUGCUGAAUGUGUUACAGAAGGAGUGUCUGGUUUAAUUAUCUAUUGUAUGUGAGCCUGUGAGUGUUAUGUGUUAAACGAUUUAAGUGUAAAUAGUUUAUUGCCAUGUUGCAGUAGUUGUAAAUAGAAUAUAUGAAGUUGUAUGGGAUCUAUACAAUGUGUAUAUACACUGAUUAAUAUGGAUUAUAGGUCUGUCACUGUUCAACUCGUUUGUUUGAUUUCAAUUAUUUUUAUGUGAUGAUAGCCUCUGUAGGAUUUCUUGCAGUGCAUGCACGUUGCCAAUGGGCGAUUUAAUUUGUGAGCAGUGUCAUUAUUACAUUACAUUAACUUUUACAGUGUAAUUAUUAGUUCAGUUCACAGCUUCUGAGGGUCCAAAUAAAUGUGAAUAUACAAAAGGAAACAGCCUGUGAAAGGUCAACUGAUUCAUCUCUAAACCAAGCAAAUGUUUUUUAUUGUCUUAUCUGUUUAUGGGUAACACUUUUUUUGCAGUAACACCUUAAUAAAAUGAAAACAAACAAG